GCUACCCGUGGAGCGCGACGCGAUUUGGACCAAUCAGUGAGACCAACCGAAAGUAUAAAAUCAUGUACGAUCCCUUCCUUAUCCCUUGACACUAACCUCAACGUCGACCCAUCAACCAAGAAGUACUGACGCUCAGCAAGUUCAACAAUCGACUUCAAAUUCACAUCUCGUUUGGAACAACUUCGUUACUGAUCAGCAUCAUGAAUUAUAGCGAAGCCCUCCCAAACUUCUCAGGUCAGAUCGUCGGCAACGGUCGCUUCGAGCUCGUCGACAUGAUUGGUUCCGGUUCCUACGGAAACGUCUAUCGCGCUCUCGAUGCUCAAUCAGACCCAUGCGAACCUGUCUACUAUGCAAUCAAGUGCUUGCCAAAAACGGAACUCUCCCCUGAGCGCCUCGUAUGCCAGAGACGUGAGAUCUUAUUGCACUCCUUAGUAUCCAGCUCGUCGCCACAUAUCUGCACCCUUCACGAGAUCAUCGAGGAAGAACUUUACAUCUACUUCGUGCUCGACUACUGCCCAGGUGGGGACCUCUACACCGCCAUCAUCGAGAACCGUAUCUACCAGAACAAUGUCCCGCUCAUCAAGAGGGCAUUCAUCGAGCUUCUCGAUGGCGUACAUGCCUGUCAUCAGUUGGGUGUGUACCACCGUGACCUGAAACCAGAGAACAUUCUCUGUCGCCAGAGCGGGUUGGAUAUUCGUGUCGCAGAUUUCGGGCUAGCGACCAAAAGUCGUAUUAGUCAGGAGUUUGGCGUAGGCAGUUCAUAUUAUAUGAGUCCUGAAUGUAUUAGUCGUGAGAUGAAGUACCCUCAUUACUCACCGCUUCACACGGAUAUCUGGUCAUUGGGAGUUAUUCUUGUGAACAUGGUCUCAGGUCGCAAUCCUUGGCGAUUUGCGACACCCUCGGACAAGGGCUUCCUCGGAUAUCUUUACAACGUGGACUUCCUUCGCGAGAUCCUUCCCAUCUCGAAAUCUUUCAACGACAUACUCAAGCGCAUCUUUCGCCUACAACCGUUCUCGCGAAUCAGCCUUCCAGAGCUCAGAGAAGAGAUCCUCAACCUUGAUACCUUCUACAUGAGCGAUGCCGAGCUCCGCGACGCGUCGGACAACGCGCAAGAAGCUGCUCGCGACGACUACCACAGGCGCGCCGCACCGUUGACUGAUUUGGUGUUCAAUCAAGUCGUAGCCGACACAACCCUCGUCAACUGCUCAUCGACGAAAUCCAACUUCCACUCCGACGGCGGUCCUCCUUAUCCAAAGUGGGCUUAUCGCGGCUCCGCGCCUGCAUCUCGGCGACCUAGCGACCUACCGCCCGCGAGCGUCAACAGGACGCCCUCACAACUCCAUAUUCGAGCCUUCGAGCCACAAGACUAUCGACUUUACGAAUCACGGGAUAGCCUAUCGAGCUGUUCUACGCGUUCUGUUUCUUCAGGGGUAGAGAGUGAGGGACCCAUUACUCCGGAAACGCAUGCCCAUGAGCCUGCCAUUGACGUGGCAGACUUAUCUGAGGGGCAGACACUUGAUGAACCGAUACUUGCUCGCAUGCCUGUCAAGAUGGGGCCAAAGCGACCCCGUCGGUUCUCGUUUCGCAAUGUAGUUUCACGGUUUAAGAUCUUCUGAUUGGUACCUGUGCGUCGAUACUACAGUAGUCAUACCCCUAGCGUACUAAGUUAGUCUAGUGACUUGUAAUAAAGCCGUCGGAUCCGAUAAGCUAGGCAAUCUAGUGAGUGAGCGUUCAAGAUAAGCUAAGUAAUCUAAGCGAGUGAGAUAUGGUAGGUAAUCUAUUGAGUGAGCGUUCAGCGUUGAUAGAAUGAGAGAGUGUGCGAAAUAGUAGACGACGAAGAAGUUUUAUGCGAUGAACUCUCAUGUUCAUGGGAGAGCGCUCUCGCCUCAUAGUGGUCACGAGUCAGAGGGGAAUGCUGGC